UAUCCCUCGGGCUUUAUGUGAACUGUCUGCCGCAGCUUGUCAUAUUUUCUUCCCCUGGACAAAAUGGCUCUGACCCAGGAGUCCGUCCUGUCCUUUUUACUGGAACACGGAGGGAAGGUGAAGAACUCGGAGCUGGUGAACUAUUUCAGGAGCCAAAUCAACUGCAGUGAUCCCGCGGAGAAGCAGCACAAUAGAGAUCUUUUCAAGCGGCUGGUGAACAGCGUCGCUGUGGUCAGACAGAUCGACGAGGUAAAGUUUGUGGUCGUGAAGAAAAGGUACCAGGACUUUGUUAAAGAGCACGAUGCACCGCCCGAACCUCAGAUGGACCUCAGUUUCUCUGGCUGCACAUCUCCUCAUCGAGCCGAGGCAGCCAGGAAGAUUUAUUCAGACAUUGAAAACAACAACAUAGACUGUCCACUUAACACGAAUUGCAAUUAUCAUUAUGGUGGUGAUGGCAAGCAUGUGCCUGCAGGGAGUGUACGGAAGAGAAUACCGUUAUCCAGGAGUGUAAGCAGUGUUGACGCGACCACUGUCAAAGUUUUAAAUAUCUCCGGAGAUCAUGAGAGCAAAGCAAGGAAAUCUGGAGCUGUAUUUGCUGUGAUAGCAGUGAAAUCCCCACAGAGAGACCGUGCACCAGCAGUAGAUAGAUCACAUUCCCAAGUGCAUGGGCUUCAAUCUUCAGACAAAACAAUCACAUCAGUUACUGAGGCUUCUGCACCGUCAGUAGCUCUACAUUCUAACUUCCAAGCAUACAAGAAGGAUGCAGUGAGAGAACCGCAAGUCCAGAAAACCAGACAAACAGAGGACAUGCACCCUCCAGGAUUUCCCCAAGUGAGGCCCCAAAACAAGAUGAGACAAUCAGAAGAGGCUAAGGACACUGAGUCGGUGCCUCUGGAGCCAUUAGCUCAUGAGUGGUUGGUGAAGUGUGCUGCUGGACUGUGGGGGCAGAUCCAUGCUCUGCUGCUGCAGGACACACGGUUAGCACAGAAACAAGACUUCAUGUCAGGUUUCACAGCACUGCACUGGGCCGCCAAGGACGGCAACAGCGAGAUGAUACACAAGCUCAUGAAGAUCUCCAGGAAGAGAGGCACUUACAUUAACGUCAACAGCAAAUCACAUGGAGGAUACACUCCUUUACACAUCGCAGCCAUGCACGGCCACACUCAGGUGAUGGUUCUGCUUGUGCAGAGGUUUGGAGCCAGAGUUAAUGAGAGAGAUAAUGCUGGAAAGAAGGCCUUUCACUACCUGGGUGAAGAUGUGUCAGCUGAGGUCAGAGCACUUCUGGGAGGACUGCAGCAGGCUAGGGAGAGGACAGAGGAAGACGACUACAGAGAGCACCCCAAAGGCUUCAACACUAUAAGUAAACUGUUCCAGCCUCACAUAGGGAGGAAACACAAGACUACUGCAAAGUUUGCUCAGGACUGGUGACAAAGACAUGGCUCAUAUCCAGCAGUAAGAUGAACAAUAUCAAGAUUGAAAAAGACAAUACAACAUCAAUUUGUAAAUUAUGUAAAUAUUAAACAACUAAA